CAUCAUGUUGGUGAUGAACUAUUGUCUACUACUUUGGUAUAUUGUUUCUCUUGUUGUUGGAUUGCACGGGGAAUCUGAAAAUUUGGUGGAUCAUGUUUCAACUCGGUUAACUAACACCACAGAACCUGUUGCUUAUGAAUUGUGGCUGAAGACAAGGAUUCAUGAGGAAAUAUUGGAUUAUUCAGGAAGAGUGAAAAUUGUUUUGAGAGUCCUAGAAUCCACAGAAUCUAUUGUGAUUAAUUCUGAACUUCUAAAUAUAGAAAAUUGCACUUUAGUCGAUCAUCUAAACAAUCUUGUUCACAUUUCCCAUGUGAAUGAGCACAAAAGUGAAAGAGUUCUUGCAAUAACUGUGGAAAAUUCUCUGAGAAUUGGUCAGAAUUAUGUACUAGAGAUACAUUUCACUGGAAUUCUUCAUAACUAUCCACGUGGAUUAUGCUACAUUCGAUAUACAGAUGAAAAUGGAAAAGUCAGAUACACUCUCACCUCCCAUAUGCACGUAUCUAAUGCAAGAGUUGCAUUUCCGUGCUAUGAUGAACCGAGAUACCGAACACCCUUUAUCAUUCAUAUCACCCACCAUUCAUCCAUGAAUGCUUCUUCCAAUAUGCCAAUAGCUUCAGUGGAAAAACAUCCAGAUGAUUCCGUCACAACGACUUUUGAGGAAACCGUGGCCAUGUCGACAAAUUUACUGGCAUUUUCCGUAUCCAAUUAUAUAGCAAGAACCGAAAUAAUGGAGAAAAACCGAUUAAAUGUGAGCAUUUUAAUGCCCAAACAUAUGAGCGAUGAAGUGGAUUUUGCUCUCGAUUUAAUCACAUUCAUGUUGGAUGAGAUGGAGAAUUUUUUUGAGGUGGGAUACACCCUUCCAAAGUUCGAUGCCAUUGUCGUCCCAGAUUUUCUCCAUAUUGGAAUGGAAAAUUGGGGUCUAAUGGUCUUUGACCCAAGAUAUCUCCUCUACAAAAUAGACUACACAAGUCCCAGUCAGAUGAUGGAAGUCACCAAGGCAGUUUGUCAUCAUCUCGUUCACAAUUAUUUUGGAAAUCUUGUUGGACUUCCAUGGUGGUCCCUUGCUUGGAUGACAGAGGGAUUUGCCAAUUACUACGAAAGCGUAUUUUCCGGAUUCUACCUUAAGGAUUAUCCCGUAGAUGAGUUUUUUGUUGUUGACUACAUGGAAAGAAGUCUCUCAGAAGACUCCUAUCUAAUGACUCCACCACUUACGAAAUAUGUAGAAACGCAGUAUGAGAUAAAUUCGCUCUACGAAUUUGCAACUACUGGGAAAGGUUCUUCAAUAUUCAGGAUGUGUGAACAUGUUCUAGGCAAGCAAACCUUUCGAAAGGGGCUUCAGAAAUACAUCAAGGAUAUGGCAUUCAAAGUAGCCGAACCGAAAGAUUUAUACAGAAAUAUCCAGGAAGCAGCUGAUGAAGACAAUUCUCUCCCAGAUGACGUAAAGGUGGAGGAUUUCCUAAGUUCCUGGGUAGAUCAACCAGGAUACCCACUUCUAACAGUCAUAAGGAAUUACGAAUCAAAUGAGAUUGUUGUGAAUCAGCAGAGAUUUCUUUCGUCACGUGAAGAAGUUGAUACCGAACGACUGUCAUGGUACGUUCCCCUGUCAAUCAGCACUGCGAAGAAUCCUGAUAUGAACAACACUAAACCUUGGGUCUGGCUGAAGCAAGGCACUCGGGAACUUGUACUCAGAACUUCAGAUAAUCUAACAUGGACGUCAGAAGAUUGGGUUCUCUUCAAUGUUCAACAAAAUGGAUUCUACCGUGUGAAUUACGACACACAAAACUGGAAAAUGUUAGCUGAUGAAUUGCACAAAGGAUUCCCUUACACGAUAGGAACGCUCAAUAGAGCUCAAUUAAUUGAUGAUGUAUUUAACCUUGCGUAUUCGGAUGUUGUUCCUUUCACUUUGGUCAUGGACAUUAUCAAAUACGUAAGGUAUGAAAGUGAAUACGCUGUAUGGGUGGCUGCUAAUCGUCACCUGUUAAAUAUGGCAAGGAAAUUGGAAGGACCUACAUACGAGUUGUUCUUUGGAAGAUUCCUGCAACAUCUUACAGAAGAAAUCUUCGAUAGAAUGGAUGUAUUCCCUCAUUCAAUGGGACGUGACUCACCAAGAACUACGUUUUUACGGCCUCUUAUCGUAGAUUUAGCUUGUCAAGCAGGGUCCGGAAAGUGUCUAACGGCAACGAGAAUUCAGGUAACUGCAGAAGCCCUUACAACAAAUUGCGUUGUCCCAAUGGAAAGGGCUUCACUAUACUACUGCCAUGGACUUAAGAAUGCCGAUGCGAAGACAGUGCAGUAUUUCUGGAAUAAACUGCACACAAUGACGAGCGACCAGGAGAGAGCACAAUUAACCUACGCCCUAACUUGCUAUCAUGAUCCAGACGUCGUCUAUUCUAUCUUAAGGAAACUAGCCGAUCCUCCUACGGACAUUGCUUUCACAAAUAUGGAACGUCAUCAAAUGUUUGUAACUGCUUUGAGAAAUGGCCAUUUGAAGGUGAUAAUGAAAUUUUUAAAGAAUGACCACGAGAAUAUCAAUAAGACCUUCACUUUCAACACUCGCAUGGAGUAUUCCUUGAAGGAGAUCGCCAUGUAUAUUCAAGAAGAAGACGUCGAAGAAUUUGAGAGUGUACUCCAAAUGCUUCUUGAUUUGAAGUAUGUCUCUGAGAAUUUGGUCAAACGUAUCAGAACGGACAUUGAAUAUCACUUGGCAUGGAUUCGAGACAAUAAGUCGCAAAUUGAAGAUUGGAUCAAAGAUUAUUUUGAACCAAAGACGGAUAAAUCAAUGUCUGUCCGCUUUGAAGUAUCUCUUAUCCUCUGUGCAGUAUCAUUAUUGCUGUUGUAACAUGUUUACACAUCCAAAUGUAACAUGAUAAUAAAAUCAAUCUAUCAAUAUCAUAUUAAUUAACUAAAAUCAGAAUUUUUUGUUAUAAGCACUUUCGUAUUUGGGCAAAUAAAUCUUUGUGAUAAAGGGCUUAAUAUAAA